ACAAUUUUUUUAUUUAAAUUAUUUGUGAUAGUUUAGAACUUUUGACACAUUAGGUCAUUUGUAAAUUAGACAUUUCGAUUUCUAACCUCAAAAUAAUCCGUUGAUUAUAUUUAUCAAAAAUGUUGAAACUACUACGUAAUGAUAUAUUAAAUAAUAAAUAAAUUUCGAUAAAUCUAAGCCAAAAUUAUGUCUCUAUUAAGAUAUAUGUGUAAGAUAAAUAAAUCGCGGACGUUCCAUUAUGUAAUAAGUGAGGUUAUGUUAUUCAAAACACCACCAGCGAUUACCACGUUUCGAUAUAAAUCUUCAAAAAUAGAAAUUUCCGAACAAGUUGCAAGACACAAUAUUAAACUAGCGGCUAAAUUGGUGGAAAGUGCACCUAAAUCGCUACAACCUUAUCUAAAACUUGCCAGGUAUGAUAAACCGAUUGGAACAUGGCUCUUAUAUUGGCCAUGUAGUUGGGGGAUUGCAUCUGCUUCACAACCAGGGUGCUUCCCUGAUCCGUAUUUGCUUACAUUAUUUGGUCUUGGAGCUUUGAUAAUGCGAGGUGCUGGAUGUACGAUUAAUGAUAUGUGGGAUCGUGAUAUUGAUGGAAAAGUUACUCGAACAUCUAGUCGACCUUUAGUCAGUGGAGAAUUAGAUAUGAAAAAAGCGUGGACAUUUCUUGCUGUACAACUAAGUUUUGGAUUGAUGGUUUUAACCCAAUUGAAUUGGUAUAGCAUCUUUUUGGGCGCUAGUUCGAUGGGAUUAGUUAUAACUUAUCCUUUAAUGAAACGAAUAACUUAUUGGCCACAAUUAAUUCUGGGAUUUACCUUUAAUUGGGGCGCUUUACUCGGAUAUAGCGCUGUUCAAGGGCAUAUAAACAGCCCGGUUUGUUUACCUCUUUAUCUUUCUGGAGUUUGUUGGACCAUUUUAUAUGACACAAUUUAUGCACAUCAAGAUAAAAAAGAUGAUAUGAUCCUAGGAAUCAAAUCGACAGCUUUACGAUUUGGUAAAAAUACGAAAAUAUGGUUAACAGCGUUUAGUUCAACAAUGAUUGGAUCAUUAAUUGUAUCUGGAAUUAUGGCGUCUCAAACUUGGCCUUAUUACACCUCAGUGGGGUUAGUUGCUACACAUAUUGCUUCUCAAAUUAUUACAUUAAAUAUUCACAAUCCCGCUGAUUGUGCUAGUAAAUUUAUUUCAAAUUCACAAGUUGGGUUGAUUUUGUUUACUGGGAUUGUUUUGGGGAUGUUGUUUAAAAAAAAUAAUGAGAGCAAAGACAAAGAAGAGGAACUUCAGGUUUUAAUAGAUGAAGAGAGGUGAAUAAUCUAGUUAAGAAAUAAAAUGUGAUUACUAAAGAAUGUUUUGUAUGGUUGAAGAAUAUUGAUUUGAAUAUAUAUUUUAAGUGUAUUUAAAUGGAUUCUUUCAUUCUUUAUCUAAAUAUGUGAUUUGUAUAUUAUUAGAUUAUCAUUUUGAAAUAAACUCUUUAUUUCUGGGAA